GUGAGGGUAGGGAGGGGCGUUGCCAGCAACUUUUUCGUCAGGUGGGCGAGGAGCGAGUCCGAAGAGAGAGAGAGGAGAGAGAGAGAGAAGGAGAGACGAGACGGGAGGAGAGUUGAGGGGCGCUCCUCGCCGCCCGAGCGCCUCGCAGGGAAAGAGCCUCGGAGAGAGCCCGUCAUGGAUUUCCGCGAAAUCCUCGUGAGGGCCUCGGAACAGCAGGGAUCGAGCGCCGUACCGAAGAGGUACAGUUUGGCAGUUGGUCCUCCCAAAAAGGAUCCAAAAGUUAAAGGUGUUCAGUCAGCAGCUGUGCGAGCCUUUCUCAGAAGGCAAGAAGAGGAACAGAAGAAAAAGGUUCUUCUGGAAAAAAGAAGAAAAGAGGAACUCCUGGCUAGGCGUGUGGAAAUGAAACAUGACCGAAAAGCCAGGGCUAUGGCUUCGCGGACAAAGGAUAAUUUUCAUGGCUAUAAUGGCAUUCCUAUUGAUGAGAAGCCUAAAAAGAAGCAAGCACAUGAAAACACAACUUCUGGAAGCACAGAUUGUAGGGCGCAGGAUGAAAUGAACGAAGAAGAUUAUGAUCUGUCAGAGUCUGAGCAGGAACCAGAAGAGUAUGAAGAGAAACCACCCAAACGUUCAGAAAAACCAAAGGUGCUAGCCAAAAGUGCACCUCCAGCAAUGAAUUUUAAUGAUCUUUUAAAGCUGGCUGAAAAAAAACAGUAUGAGCCAGUUGAAAUAAAAGUUGUAAAAAAGACAGAAGAAAGACCAAUGACCGCAGAAGAAUUAAGAGAGCGAGACUACUUAGAGAAGAGAAACAGAAAAGAGAUUAUACUAAAAGAAAAGAAAUCAGAGAAAGAAAUGAAACGUGCAACUGCAUCAGGUUCUUCCAAAAAAGAAAUUUCCCAGAGGGAUUUAGUAAAUGCUAAAGCUGGCAAGCAUUCAACAGACAAACCCACCUUUUCAAAAGGAAACAUUCCCUCACAAAAUAAUAAAGAUAAGAAAACCAAAGGGCAAAUUUUAAGUGAAAAACCUUCGAAAUUGGCAUCUAGUUCCAAAGCAAGCCAUGCUGAAAAAGUAAAAUCUACACCCAAAGGGCCUUUGAAAAGCCCUCCUCACAAUAAUCACAAUAAUCACGUUAAACCUGCACCCAGUGGAGGAGGAAAAACUGGAUCUAAGUCCCAAACUGUAGUCUUGAAAACAGCUGCAAACGGAACCCUCCGACAAUCAUCUAAUAAAGACCUUAGUUUGAAAAAAAAUAGCACCCAUAUAAAAUCGACUAGUGUGGUUUCUGCCCAGCAAGAAACUUAUAAAAAAUCCAGCUCCAAGCAAGCAAGCAACAUUUCAGUCACAGGAGGACCUCCUGCACGAUCAAAGAGCAGCUUGAAUUCAGGCCCCAGGCAGCCAAGCCACAGUUUGAUUCCUGGGCAUGGAUCACGUAGCAUGGGACCCAGGAGAUCAGAAAACAGCUCAGGACAAGGGCAGCAAAGCGGUAGCUCAAGCACAGGACCUAGACUUGCCAGUAAUAAUUUAAGCAUGGGAUCUAGUCGACCAAGUAUUGCUUCAAGACCAGUAUGUUUAGGCAGUAGCCAAGGCGUAGGACCUGGUCGGCCAAAUUCCAAUGUAAUCACUGGACCUGGAAGGGAUAGCAGCUCAGGACCAGGUCGGCCAAGUAUGACUACAGCUGGAACUCUAAAACCAAAGUGUACUGUUGUAUCGGAAACAAUCUCGUCCAAAAAUCUGGUUCCAAGACAGAUGAAUGGAAUGAGGCCAUUUCCUAAUCAUAGACCAGGGAUUCCCCCACAAGGUUUUCCAAGACCAUCUCUUCCACCUAUUACCAGUAGCUAUAAAAGAAAGUUUGAAGAUGAAGAUGAAUAUGAUUCUGAAAUGGAAGAUUUUAUUGAUGAUGAAGGAGAGCCUCAAGAAGAGAUCUCGAAACAUAUCAGAGAGAUAUUUGGUUAUGAUCGGUCAAAAUACAAAGAUGAAAGUGACUAUGCCUUACGUUACAUGGAAAGUACUUGGAAAGAACAGCAGAAAGAGGAAGCCAGAAGCUUGAGACUUGGAGUGCAAGAAGAUCUAGAAGAACAGAAACGUGAAGAGGAGGAACUGAAACGCAAAAAGCAAACAAAGAAGUUGAAAACACAUUAGCCAAUUUGCCACAGUUUUGGUUUACUGUUACUCUACUAUUUGUUCCAAAGUUUAGCUUUAGUUGUACUUGCAUAUGAAAGAAUAAGAAAUCAUGUAGAAAAUGGACAUAUAGAAAUAAGGAUUUGGUGCCAGAUUUUACAGUGCAAAGUUCUGCAGGCCUUGGAGAAGGAAAAUUUGGGAUAUGAUUUUCUGCUUUUCCUCAGCACUCAGCACCACUGCCCACACCGUGGAAAUACUGGGAUAUUUUCCAGGAUAAUUCCAGGAUGGGAAUUAGUUACUGGGACUGUCUCAAAAGAAGAAAUUGGGAGAAAAUGUUGGUCUGGCCUUUUCCUUCAGCAGAAAGUUUUUAUUGGAACCCAGUCCUUAUCAUGAACAGAAAUGAUUUUUCUGUGCUCACAGAGAGGCAACUCUGGAUCCAAAAUUAUGUUCUUUAGUUUGACGCUCAAAUACUGACCUUUAAUUACUGCCAAGUUUCCCCUUCUGAAACGCAAAUAAAUGCACUAAUGGAGAAUAUUAGUUGGAAUAAAAAUGAAAAUUAAUUAUACUAUGAUGUAAAGUAAUUCAAGGAUGCCAGCAGACUGCUGAUUGACUAUGCACUGGCUUGCAACUAGUGGGCCCUAAUAACAAUACAGUCUGUUUCCAUUCCAUACAAAUAGAAAAAUGUUUAUGUUUUUUAUCUUUCAAAAGAGAUUGUGUCCUGAGUCAAGAUUCUUAAGUCACUUUUUCUCUUCCUAUAAAGCACAGGUUUAAAAAUGUAGCUGAUGAUGAUGUUGAAAGCAAUAUUAACAUUUUCUGAUUUCUGUUUGACAAGAUUAUGUAAAAAAAAAAAAAAAAAAACACCCAAACCCUAAUACUACAAAGCUUUGACAUCACAA